CUCGCCGCCCGGACUGAGUCCAGCAAGUUAGUGUGUGAGGUCGGGGUUCGCUCUGACACAAAGAGCGGAGCGAGCGGUGUGUGUGUGAGAGAGAGAGGGGAGGGGAGGGGUUGGGGCUCUCUGUGCACAGCUCAGCCAGAGGAGGGGCACUCGCUCACUCCCUCCCUCAGUGGCUCUCAGGAGAUGUGAGUGCCGGCCCCGCUGGCUCCCCGGGUCUUGCAGCGUACAUCUGCGUGAAGCAAUGUAAAAUCCUGAAUGGUGGAAAGCGUUUGGUGUUUAGAUAAUGGGCUGUGUGCAAUGCAAGGAUAAAGAGACAACAAAAGCAACCGGGGAUGAUCGGGAUGGAUGCAUUUCCCAAGGCACAGGCUAUCGGUAUGGACCGGAACCUUCUCCUCAGCACUAUCCCAGCUUUGGCAUCUCGGGGAUUCCUAAUUAUAACAGCUUCCACGGGACAAGUGGGCAAGCACUGGCUGUCUUUGGCGGCGUCCUUUCUUCCUCUCACACAGGGACGCUACGUACACGGGGAGGAGGAUCGUUAACAGUAGGAGUAACCCUUUUUGUGGCACUGUACGACUACGAUGCCAGAACAGACGACGAUCUUAGUUUUAGAAAAGGGGAAAAGUUUCAGAUCCUUAACAACACAGAGGGAGACUGGUGGGAAGCUCGAUCUUUGCAAUCAGGAGGAACAGGAUAUAUUCCCAGCAAUUACGUAGCUCCAGUUGAUUCCAUCCAUGCAGAGGAGUGGUACUUUGGUAAACUUGGUCGCAAAGAAGCUGAGAGACAGCUCUUGUCUGUCUGUAACCUGAGGGGGACCUUCCUCAUCCGUGAAAGUGAAACUACCAAAGGUGCCUAUUCUUUGUCCAUACGUGACUGGGAUGAUACGAAAGGCGAGCAUGUUAAACACUAUAAGAUCCGCAAACUGGAUAAUGGUGGGUAUUACAUUACGACUCGGGCACAGUUCGAGACACUCCAGCAGCUGGUUCAACAUUAUGCAGAGCGAGCUGCUGGUCUCUGCUGUCGCUUGGUGGUCCCAUGCCAUAAGGGUAUGCCGAGGCUUGCUGAUCUUUCUGUGAAAACCAAAGACGUAUGGGAAAUUCCCCGGGAAUCUCUGCAGUUAAUCAAGAGGCUUGGAAAUGGGCAGUUUGGGGAAGUCUGGAUGGAGUCAGCUGACGGUUUGUGCCAUAACUUAACAAUGGUUUGUACAAACAUGACACCACAAACUAUUGGAUUAGCUAAAGAUUCAUGGGAAAUUGUACGGGAGUCCCUACACUUGGAAAAAAAGCUUGGGCAGGGAUGUUUCGCCGACGUUUGGUAUGGUACGUGGAAUGGAACCACUAAAGUCGCAGUGAAAACCCUGAAGCCAGGAACCAUGUCUCCCGAGUCCUUUCUCGAGGAAGCUCAAAUCAUGAAGAAAUUGAGACAUGAUAAAUUGGUUCAGCUUUAUGCUGUAGUCUCAGAAGAGCCUAUCUACAUUGUCACCGAAUACAUGAGCAAAGGAAGCCUAUUAGAUUUCCUGAAAGAUGGAGAGGGAAGAGCUUUGAAGUUGCCGAACCUAGUGGACAUGGCAGCACAGGUGGCAGCAGGCAUGGCGUACAUUGAGAGAAUGAACUACAUUCAUCGAGACCUACGGUCAGCCAACAUUCUGGUCGGAGACAAUCUGGUGUGCAAGAUCGCUGACUUCGGAUUAGCAAGGUUGAUCGAAGACAAUGAAUACACGGCACGGCAAGGUGCUAAAUUUCCCAUAAAAUGGACUGCACCAGAAGCAGCGCUGUACGGGAGGUUCACAAUUAAAUCCGACGUAUGGUCCUUUGGAAUUCUCCUAACAGAGUUGGUGACAAAGGGACGGGUACCUUACCCAGGUAUGAACAAUCGCGAGGUGCUGGAGCAGGUGGAGCGCGGAUACAGGAUGCCAUCUCCAAUGGACUGCCCCAGCUCCCUCCAUGAGCUUAUGAUACAAUGUUGGAAGAAAGAUCCCGAGGAGAGGCCUACUUUUGAGUAUCUGCAGGCCUUCUUGGAGGACUACUUCACUGCGACAGAGCCUCAGUACCAGCCUGGGGACAACCUGUAACCUGCUGUACUAUCAGGACUGCUGUCUUCAGCUGAUCCUCCCUUUUCCCAGUCCCAUUUCUCAUUGUCCUUCCAGAACCUAGGCCCCACUCUACGGAAACUGGUAUCGUCCAAUAACAUGCCCUUUUCCAUUCCCCUGGAAAGCAAUGUCCCUCCUUUCAUCUUAAGAUUCUGUGUUUAUUUGAGGCUUUUUUUUAAUGUUGGAAUGUUAGAAUUGUAUAAUCAUUGUUGAAAAGAAUGGGCGACUUUCGCUUCAUUUCUUUGUCUCACCAAGAUAUCAAGCCCCAUCUUCCCCUCUAUCUCUCUCUCCCCCCCAAUCCUGGGGUUUUGCCUCUCAGAUUAUCCAGACUUAUCGAUAUUAUGAAACCCAAGUGGUUUUGGUUUAGUUCAGUUACCUUCUGAACCAUGCUAAUACCCAGUGGCCUUGGGUGAAUAUCGACUCUUUGCUGAUAAUUAUUGUUUGAAGCCUUUUACAUAGGACUCCACAGAGGUAUGGAAAAGAUGUAAUCUAACUUCAUUUGAGCUCAACGGACAUUGUGAAGGUUUCUGACUGAGAACAUUGCAAAGAAGGAAAACUGUGAUUCUGUUUCUUUUAGGAUUUCCUGCUUUUCUAGGUCUUUGCAUAUUGCCAUGAAGGUGGGCUAUUUGGUGACAUUGGAUGAUGCCAAAAGCUCUGUUUUUGCACGUUGUUGCACUGCCCUGCAUCACCGUCUGUUUUAAUUACUAUUUCGAAUUUUGUUUGUUGAUGGACUUGUACGAUUUUUUAAAAAUAAAACUAAUGAUGUAAUGUGUCAUUUUUUUAAACAAGUGCUAAAAUUGGACACAUUUCCUAUGUGUCCACCCUCCUGCCCUCCACCUAUGAUCACAAUGAUUAGGCUUUCAGUGAUGUUAAGUUCAGAUUAGUUAGACUGUGAUUCACAUAGUGAAACAAUGUCCCCAGAGCUAACAGGAUACUAUGUGAGUCUGAUUAACAAUAUAGAGCUGAGUGCUGGUGAAUUGAGAGGAAAUGGAAAUCUGUUGUAUGGACUACACCUUGUGAGAGUAUUAAUUUAAUAUGUCUGCCAGCAAUUUACAAUCCCGUUGAGAGUUCCAGAAUGCAUAUGACUGGCCCUUUACACUUCUAAAUUAAGAGCGACUGCAUACGGUUAGCUUAACCGGUACAUUUACUGGCGCUUCAAGGGAUAAAAUGACAGAGCUUUUAACUGCAAGCAUUCCAGAGUGUCAUUUGUGUAACUUCAUUUGCUGAAUUUGUUUUUUAAAAAAAUAAAUUUUUUAUAUAUAACUUUGACCUAUGUGCAGUAAUCAGUUGAGUUUCCAGAUUGCUUCCCUGUACAGCCAAUGACAUCUUAAAGGAUUAUUUUAAGAGAAUUACUAUGCACUCGAUAACUUUGAUAGCAGAUGCACAAAUGUGGUAACGUGUUUUAGGAUGUUACUACAUUCCUUUAAUUGACCGUGUGGUCUGAACUUUGGAUUCUUUGUAUUUGUACAGUUUAACCGAAUGAUGCCUCUGCAUUAAUUUUUUCCCCACCUUGCAUUAUGAAUAUAAUAUUUCAGUUGUCAUUAAUAUGCAUUUUAAUGUUUCUGUGCCAGUUGACAUAUUUUACAUAACUCUUAAAUUUUCCUAAUCCAGUUCUUGUCAUUUUAAAGCCUGUAUAAUAAAGAUCUUACCCAG